GUGUGUGUUUGGGGGGGAGGUUGUUACAGCGCGUUCCUACGUUAUUUGUAACCCAGCAACUGUCCCAGUGAAUGACCAGUUGAACAAAUCCUAUUAAUGGCACCAUUAUUGAAUCUGAAGAGCUCCGUGGAGACCUCCGUCUGCAAUAUCCCCGAAGUCAAACCGAGCAGCAGAGCGCUUCAGUUUUCUUUAGCUUCAUCGCGGUAGUAUUUAAAACGAGGUUUCUCCUUUUGAGAAACAAAAAAACGUUUUUCAAAUACUUCUCUGGAUUCGAGAAUAACAAUCGCUAAACUUUUUGGGGAUUUUUGACGGAUAUCUUUUCGUGGUUUCUCAAAUGUGUCCCAGGUAUGGAUUGUGACACGCAGAGGUUCUCUUUGCGCAGGCGCGCCGGCGCGUCUCCUCCCUCUACCUGAGAAGAGCGCACCUGGAUCCAGCGAGACGGAAGUUCUGUGAAAGCCGAUCUCAGAGCGACUCCUGUUUGUUUCUCUUCCUCCGCGAAAUGUUCCUUUGGAGUACAAGCGACUAACAGAAGAUCUCCAGUCGAAGCAGGAUGCCAUUGGUUGUCAAGAACGCUUUAAAGGUCUUUCCCAACUGAAGUCUCAGCGUCUCAUGCUGAACGUCAGUAAGCAGCCUGCUCUCCGUCCGAGAACAAUGAUCCAUCUCCGUAGGGUCCUCCGAAGGCGAUUGCACCCCGUCAAACUGGCCGUAGUGGCUCUGGUCUUCGUCACCUUCGUGUUCCUCAUACAAUGGGAAGUUGGGAGCCAGAGCCAACAGGAGGACCCGUGGCUGAAGGAGAUGGCGGUGAAGCGGGACGCCGUGCUGGGCAUGGUGAUGGGAGCCGUCAAUAACUUCAGGGACGUGAUGCCGAAGAUGCAGAUCGGGGCCCCCGUGCGCCAGCCGGACGGCGGAGACGGUGUGUCUUGUCUGCCGGGCCGCUACACGGCCGCCGAGCUCCGACCAGCUCUGGAGCGGCCGCCUCAGAGCCCCAGUGCCCCCGGAGCAGCCGGAAAGCCUUUCCACACAGAUUCGCUGAACCCGGAGGAGCAGAAGGAGAAGGACCGGGGGGAAGAGAAACACUGCUUUAACCUGUAUGCCAGCGACCGCAUCUCCUUGAGCAGAGACCUCGGACCGGACACCAGACCCCCAGAAUGUAUCGAGCAAACCUUCAAGCGAUGCCCCUCCCUGCCGACCACCAGCGUUAUAAUCGUGUUCCACAACGAGGGCUGGAGCACCCUGCUGAGGACGGUGUACAGCGUCCUCCACACCUCCCCGGCCAUUCUCCUCAAGGAGAUCAUCCUGGUGGACGACGCCAGUGUGGAUGAUGCGCUGAAGGACAGGCUGGAUGAGUAUUUGAAGCAGCUGAACAUUGUUCGAGUGGUCCGCCAGCGAGAGAGAACGGGCCUCAUCACCGCCCGGUUGCUGGGAGCCUCCGUGGCCACCGGUGAAACCCUCACCUUUCUGGACGCCCACUGUGAAUGCUUCAAUGGAUGGCUGGAGCCCCUUCUGGCGAGGAUAGCGGAGGACUACACCGCAGUAGUGAGUCCUGACAUAACCACCAUUGACCUCAAUACUUUUGAGUUUACAAAACCGUCGCCGUACGGCCAGAACCACAACCGGGGAAACUUUGACUGGGCCUUGUCCUUUGGCUGGGAGAGUCUACCGGAUCACGAGAAACAAAGGAGGAAAGAUGAAACAUUCCCCAUCAAGACCCCCACCUUCGCUGGUGGCCUCUUCUCCAUCUCAAAAGAAUAUUUCUACCACAUUGGAAGCUAUGAUGAAGAAAUGGAAAUCUGGGGUGGUGAGAAUAUUGAAAUGUCCUUUAGGGUCUGGCAGUGUGGCGGACAGCUGGAGAUCAUUCCCUGCUCUAUUGUCGGCCAUGUUUUCCGCACUAAGAGCCCCCACACCUUUCCCAAGGGCACGCAAGUAAUUGCUCGUAACCAGGUUCGACUGGCCGAGGUAUGGAUGGACGACUUCAAGGAGAUUUUUUACCGUCGUAACCACCAGGCUGCACAGAUGGCCAAAGAUAGGGCCUUCGGAGAGAUCUCUAAGCGCUUGGACCUCCGUGCGCGGCUGCAGUGCAAGAGCUUCUCGUGGUAUUUGAAGAACGUUUAUCCAGAAGUCUUUAUGCCUGAUCUCAACCCACUCCGCUUUGGCUCGGUGAAAAAUGUCGGCAAAGACGCAUGCCUGGACGUCGGAGAGAACAUCGAGGGUGGGAAACCGCUGAUCAUUUAUCCGUGUCACGGACUCGGAGGAAACCAGUAUUUUGAGUUCUCCACACAUCACGACAUCAGACACAACAUGCAGAAGGAGCUGUGUUUACACGGGGCGGAGGGGACGGUGAAGAUGGAGGAAUGCCAGUACAAAGGCGGCAGCACAUCUGUAGGAGCCGAGCAGAAAUGGGAACUGAAGGAGAACCAGUUAUUCUACUUGCCAGAAUGGAACAUGUGUCUGACUGCCAGCCAUGAGCACCCUUCUCUGGCCCUCUGCAACCCCUCAGACAGACACCAACUCUGGAGCUUCGUCUGAGUGUGAAAGCUACCACUUGUAGCGGCUCUAUGCACAGGACGACACAGGUACACCACACUGUAUGGAGCUAACGUGCAGCGUGAUGACACUUAGUAUUUAUUUUUAUAUGUAGAAGAACUGUACUGCUCCUGGGGAAUUUUGACUUUGGGAGAAACCACAGCUGGAAGGAAGCAUCGAACUAAUGCUCCAAAUCAGACGGGGAACUGCGUUUUUUUUUGUUUUUUUUGGAAAGGAUGAAGAUGCACAAGUGCCCUUUUGUUUUGUAUUCACUACUCUUUUCACCUCUCAUGUGCAGUAUUGGGUUUAUAAAGUUAACAUUGAAUAUUUUCCAGUAAGACACACAAUAUCUAAAACAAAAUUUUGGCGUUAUCUUUUUACAGAAAAAUCCCAAAUGUCAUGCGUCAAAAUGACUGAAAUGUGGGGCGGAUUGUCCCCUUUUUAUAAGAACUUUUAAAACAAUGCAAAACCUGAUUUGCAAUCAUCCAGUGCCUUAAAUGUAAUUUUAUACUGGGUGGAGGGAGUGCUGGCUGGGGGGCACGAGAGGAUUGAUGCAGUUUCCUGUUGAUGUAGAAUAGAAGCUUCUACGGUAUUUUUAUCAAGGCAUCUUCAAAUUAGGAUCAAAGUGAAUAGACUGAUUAAAUUGGCUUUUGAUUAAGAAACAUUUGCAGGAAAUAGAUUUCAUAAUGUCUAUAGAAUUAGCUAUUAUCAAUGCAGUCUAAAAUAAUCCCACUGUUAGUCAUCCCUUAAAUCAUUUGUUAGAAUAUUUUGAUGUGUUUCUAAUAUGCCCAACACAUUUAUACUCGGUAAGAGUAAAAAAUACACCUACCUGUAGCAUUAACGUCGAGACUUUAAUUAAGAAUGUAGUAGUUUUAUCAAGGUGUACUUGAUACGCUGUCAAAUUAUUGUAGACAUAUGAAGAAUGAUCAUUUGUGUACCAGUUUGGACUCCUUAAACACAAAUAUAUAAACGGUUUGUACUUCAGCUGUUCAUUCCAAGGGCUCUCAAGAAAAGGGAAAUGUAGGUUAUUGUUGAUGAUUGAAAUGCAUUUUUAUUUGACCUAGAGUGCGUUACUAACAACUUACAUGUCAAACUUCAUGAGUGAUUUUCAAUAUGAAUUAUUGUCUUUUAAUUAGCGGCAUUGUUUAUCUGUUUUUUAUGUUUAUUUUAUUCUUUGGUGUUCAUCACAAGGGGACUUUUUAAUGUGAAAUGAAUUCAACUAACGAAUUCUAUUUGUUGAGCAAAGGUCUGAAACUCUUCCUCUACAUCUAACCCGGAGUCCACUAAUGAAUCUCUAGUGCAGGCGCUGGUGUUCACAUGCUAGGUGUCUAUUUUUGUCUUGCUAUUAAGUCAUUUUCAGGUCAAUAAACUGAGUUGGGGAGUUUUGAAAGCUAA